AUGAACUAUCUUGGGAACUGGGAGGAGGCAAUCGAGUAUACCGACUAUCAAGCACCAUGGAAUCCUAGGGCAGACGGCUAUCAAUCCACUGGAGGCAGUAGUUCGGGCAGUGCUGCGGCCAUUGCUGCCUAUGAUUGGCUUGAUAUCGCUAUUGGUACAGACACUUGGGGGAGCAUUACUCGGCCUGCUCACUGGUGUGGGUGUUUUGGUCUGCGCCCUAGUAUUGGAAGUAUCUCUACGGACGGUAUUGUGCCAUAUGUCCAAUCCUGGGAUGUUCCAGGAAUUCUAGCAAGAGAUUUGCAAAAGUGUAGGAGUUUUGCUCAAGAAUGGUUGAAUUUUGACAACUUUGAAAAGUCACCCGAGUCGUUUUCUUCAAUCAUAUGGCCAACUGAUUUCUGGAAAAUCAUUGACUCCAAGCAGAGCAGUGUAGCAAAGUCUUUCGCCCAACAUAUGGCUAUUUCGCUGAAUAUUAAGUUUGAAGAGAUUUCGUUUGAAGAGCGUUGGAGGAUUGCACCGCCAAGCGCUUAUGCACCUUUGCUACCGGAAUUCAUCAGUCAGGCUACCGCUAGUCUAGCAUACGAUGUGUAUCACAACAGCGAAGACUUUCGUUCCCGGUACUGGGACAUGUUUAAACGAGCACCUUACACCACCAUGCAAAAUGAGCGACUUUGGGAUGCUGGAAAGAACACAACUUUGAAGGAAAGGAAUAAGGGAUUCGAGAGAAUAGACAUCUACCACCAGUGGUUCCAACAAACAAUCUUGACAGGAGACCAUACAAAUGCCAUCACGGUAAUGCCGCUUGAGAAUGCAACGCCAAGAUACAGAGACGAUGUCCCCAACUUCCAACGGCCGCCACAAGAUGGUAUCAACGCCUUGGCUCUUGAACCCGUUAUGAAGUCACCAGUUCUUGCUGUUCCAAUUGCCGAAAUUCCAUAUCAUUCCAGAGUCACCGACUGGGAGGAAAAGUUGCCAUUUGCGGUGGCACUUAUGGGAGCACCAGGUACCGACUUGAAAUUGCUUGACACUACCAUCCAAAUUUUGCAGUCUUUGCAUCUCCCCACAGUUGUUCAAGUAGGAAGAUCCAUGUACGAAGGUUAG